AUGGCCGAGGCAUUCCUCAAGCACUAUCAGUACAACACUGAUAUGGCACCUAAUCGCACGCAGUUGCAAAAUCUGACUCAGAGGUCUGAGGAGUCCUUCAAAGAGUAUGCCCAGAGGUGGAGGGAAUUAGCUGCUAGGGUACAACCCCUAUUGCUAGAAAGAGAACUGGUAGGCAUGUUUAUGGGAAACCUGCAAGGUCCAUACCUUGAUAGAAUGGUAGGGAGCACCUCUUCGGGCUUUUCCGACCUAGUCUUAUCCGGUGAAAGAAUAGAAAAUAUGAUUAAAAUGGGAAAGAUCCAGAACUCUGCCAGUACUUCUAGUGCGUCGAAGAAACCUUUUGUUCCCUGCGGUAAAAAACGAGAAGGCGAGACCAAUGCCGCCUCCAUCAUUCGAACAAGAAAUCCCAGCUAUCCACAAGUAGCCGCCAUAGCUCCCGUCCAACCAAGUCAACAACAACCAUUUGCAAUUCCUGUUCAAACUCAACAACAACAACGGUAUCAACAAGAACCGCAAUGUCAACAACCACAGUAUCAACAAAAACAACAAAGGAUGCGAAGGCCCGAGAGAAGAUUUGACACAGUUACCAUGCCUUAUAGCCACAUUCAUCCAUAUUUAUUGAGGGGAUCACUUGUACAACUAGGGGAGUUAGGACCCCCACCAACGGUUCUUCCUCCCUGUUAUGAUGCAAAUGCCCGCUGUGAAUUUCAUUCUGGCGCUCCUGGGUAUUCGAUCGAGAAUUGUAAAUCAUUAAAGUACAAGGUUCAAGAUCUUAUUGAUUCUAAUGUAAUCACGUUCUCUCCCAAGAGGCUGAAUGUAAAUAAUAACCUGAUGCCCCCUCACAACAAUGCAUCUGUGAAUAUGAUGGAAGCUGAAAAUAGAAGGAGAUUGAUGUCCUGUGUGGACGAGUUAAAAACACCACUCAUCGAGAUCAAGAAUGCUUUAAUGAAGGAUAAUUCCUUUCCCAUCUGUAGCAAUGACUGUGAACACUGUCUGAUUAACCCGCAACGAUGUAGAACGUUGAAGUCUGUCAUACAACAAUUAAUGGACCAAGGGAUCUUGGUGGUAGACUGCCCGUCCACAAAGGAAGAUGUGUCUACCCUCGAGAUACCAUACGACAAAGUCCCUCCUCUGUAA